GUCACGACAUCGAAUGUCGACGACAGGCAGGUCAUGGUCGUGAUUUUUUUAAAAUCUUUGGAAUCCCGGGAUUUAUACGGCUAGGUGUCAUUGCUCUUGUUAUUUAUACCAAUGGUGCUUAACAGGCAUGGCUUCGCUAUGGUUUAGUUUGGUUCCCGAAGCUUUCCUGAAGCUCCAUGAUGUGCUCGUCUGCCUGGCGAAGUUCAAUGACGCGGUGUCUAUUGAAGCAGAACCUGAUUUUUUUCGGCUCUCGACCUUGAACCCUUCAAAGUCUGGCUAUGCCUCGUUCACAUUUGAUAGUGGCUCGUUCUUUAGCCAAUUUUCUUUUGAUGGAAGAAUGCGCGGUAAUACUACCGAUACUGGGACAAGGAGUAAUACUGCGAAGUUGUCAUGCCAGUUGUAUAUCAAGGCACUUCUAUCUGUAUUCAAAGGGCGGACUAUUGAUUUCAAAGACAAGGAUACGGCUGUCGAAGAAUGUAAGGUCCAAAUCCUUGAUGGUUUGGAUGAGACUGAGUGCAGGGUCGUCAUUCAAAUAAUUUGCAAGCAUGGGGUUGUAAAAACCUACAAGUUGAUCUAUGAGCCUGUGGAAGUGCGACAUGCGGUUUUCGACAAGUCCAAGACGCAGAAUAAAUGGGUAAUAGAUUCUAAAUUCCUGCGGGAAAUUGUGGAAUAUUUCGGGCCUACAGCCGAGCAACUUGAUAUAUUUACAGAUAACGGAAAGGCUAUAUUUACGAGUUUUACUACGAGAGUAACGAAUGGGAAAGAAAUCCUGAAACAACCCGUUCAUACAUCCGUUGCAAUUGACACCAGAGAUUUUGAAUCUCAUCUUGUCGAGGAGAGACUCCAUGUGGCGAUAAGCGUCAAGGAUUUCAAAGCCAUAAUUAUGCAUGCAGACACGCUCAAAACAAUGAUUACUGCUCGGUAUACUCGGCCAUGCCGUCCGUUGCAGUUUUCAUAUGAAUCGGGUGGUAUGACUUGUGAGUUCACGCUGAUGACACGAGGAGAAACCGAAGAUAUCGACGUGUCUUCAAAUGGUGAUGCACGCGAGCUAUCCGCAAGAUCAUAUUCUCGACCUCCGCAAACGGCUUCCGUGAAUAAUGGGAGUACUGCUGUGGUGGAGCAUGGGGAUCCUUCGAGGAAUGAAUCUGCACAGGCAUCCUUCCGAAGAGGAACUAUCGAAGAAACUCCGCAGGAAACACCAGCAGCAGCGUCAGCCUUGCUUGAUCCAAACAGUUUGUUCGUCCCAAUGGAUGACGAUCGUCAAUGGGACGAGCCUCAAUAUGGAGAGGAACAAGAAGAUAUUCUUGGUUGGGAUGCGAGUAUAAACCAUCAGGACAUGCAGCCCAGCUUUGUGGGAACAAUCCAAGAUCGCAACGUCACAGUUGAAGAAAGCGAGGAACGGGCACGCGAGACCGAAUCAACAGCUAUUCCCCCGACUCAAAGAAUAUCUCAGAUACGAGGAUUGUUUGACUCAAGCGGGUGAAAGAUAAACUGUCCUCGGAGGAUUCCACAAUUGGGAUUUAUCAUCCGCUGGAAGAUUUCGGCCCAGUCAUUGAUCGCAUCGUUAGUGCUCCUCAAAGGCAUGAGGUCUUUCCUCCGUCAUAAGCCAGCUGGUAGCGCAGCCCGCCCCGACUGCAGUAAUGUUAAGUCCUUCACCACCAGCGGGUGGGACUUUUGCAUAUCG